CUGGGAUCACGUGCUGGAUCAAAGCCGGGUGCCGCCUUGCGGAGCCCGAGAGAGAGUGUGUGAGAAGUGGGGAGAGGAUUUCAGAGCCAUGUCAUUUGACAUGGUGAUAACUCUCACUGUGUAGGCGACGAGGAGACAUUAGCCACCAAGAUUUUGUCCAAACUUUAAACAGUAGGCGAAGAAAAGGAAGUCAACAUCUAGGUGGAUAUGUAUUUGUGAAAAGAGGAACAAGCCCAGGGACUCCUUGGAAAGCCAGACUCGCCCAGGAUUGAAUUAAUCAGAAAUUAUGUCUCGAUCGGCUUUGCUGCAGCCAGCGAGAUGAUGUUGAUGGGUGCUGAGGGAUUGCUGCUGGGAGUGUUGCUAGCCGUGCUGGGCUCGCUCUGUGCCAAGGAGACUGCUUUUGUGGAAGUGGUGCUGUUCGAGUCCAGUCCCAAUGGGGAAUAUACAACUUUCACAACCGAUUUGCAAGGACGUUUCUCCCGGGCAGGAGCAACCAUCAGCGCCGAGGGAGAGAUUGUGCAGAUGCACCCGUUGGGACUAUGCAACAACAAUGAUGAGGAGGACCUAUAUGAAUACGGAUGGGUAGGAGUGGUGAAGCUGGAACAACCAGAACUGGAUCCCAAACCCUGUCUCACUGUGCUUGGCAAGGCUAAGCGGGCAGUCCAGAGAGGGGCGACAGCUGUCAUCUUUGAUGUAUCUGAAAAUCCAGAUGCCAUUGACCAGUUGAAUCAAGGCUCUGAAGACCCACUGAAACGACCAGUGGUUUAUGUCAAAGGCGUCGAUGCAGUGAGAUUGAUGAACAUCGUUAACAAGCAGAAAGUGGCACGAGCACGAAUUCAACAUCGACCACCACGGCAGCCCACAGAAUACUUUGACAUGGGGAUUUUCCUGGCUUUCUUUGUGGUUGUGUCUCUGGUCUGUCUGGUUCUACUCAUUAAAAUCAAACUCAAGCAACGCAGAAGUCAGAGCUCAAUGAAUAGAAUGGCAGUUCAAGCCCUGGAGAAGAUGGAGACCAGAAAAUUCAAGUCAAAGUGCAAAGCUCCUCGCGAAGGCAGCUGUGCUGCUUCAGAUACACUCAGUAGUAGUUCCACAUCAGACUGCGCGAUCUGCCUGGAGAGAUAUGUCGAUGGAGAGGAGCUGCGUGUCAUUCCAUGCACACAUCGGUUUCACAAGAAAUGUGUGGACCCCUGGCUCCUCCAGCACCAUACCUGUCCACACUGCAGGCACAACAUCAUCGAGCGAAAAAAGGAGAGCAACGGCCCCGUCUGUGUGGAGGCCGAGAGCCAAGGCCGCAGCAGGCAGCGUGUCGUGCUUCCCGUCCACUACCCUGGGCGUGUUCACAGGGCAAGCCAGCUGACUACGUACCCCACUAGGACCAGCAUGGACCCGCGUGGGAACCCAGUCACCGUGCUAACAGUGGACCAGCACAGCGACCAGGGCCUAUAUCCCACUGCACAGUCAACCUCCUACGUCAGGAGUUACCCACCCAUCCACAGCCUGGGUGCUCACCAUUGUAACUUGGAACAUCGGGCCUACCCUCAGGCCCACGGCUACAGGAGGCCGAAAUUUAGUGGGCGGAACUACUCGAGGGCUGCUUGCUUUUCUCAGUACGAAACCAUGUAUCAACAUUAUUACAUCCAAGGACUCAGCUAUCCCCAGUCGGAAUCUCAGGCGGGGAUCGUCAAUCACAAGGGGCCCUCCCGUGCCUUCCAGUCCAGCGGGAACAUGCUGUAUCCUACCGUGGUUCACAUCCCACCGUCCUCCCAGCUGGACGCAGGCAGCACUUCGAGCUUCAGCUGUUACCAUGGUCACCGAUCGGUCUGCAGCGGUUACCUGGCAGACUGCCCGGGCAGUGAUAGCAGUAGCAGUAGCUCGAGGCAGUGCCACUGCUCCUCCAGCGACUCCAUGUUGGACUGCACCGAGGUCAGCAACCAGGGCGUCUAUGGAAGCUGCUCAACCUUCCGCAGCUCCCUGAGCAGUGACUACGACCCUUACGUCUAUCGGAGCCGCAGCCCCUGCCAGGCCCCGGACUCGGGUUCAGGCAGGGGAGGGCACCCCCUGAACCCGGGCCCUCAGGAGGACGAGCUGCCAGCCUACCUCUGCCCCUCACCCAGUGGCGAUGGCAGGCUGCUCCAGGCCCCGUCGCCGGGAGACCAGCUGUCCAACUGCAGCAUGGACAUGAACUACAGCAGCCAUUCCUCACUGGAGUACAGGGAUUCGAACACUUCUACCUCAGAAGGUAGGCCCGACUGCUCCUUGGGGUCUACUGCAGAGAGCGUGCAGACCUGGAAUGGGCCAGAGUUACCUGGGGCGGCUGCCCCUCAGCAGGCGUGUGCUUGCUGCUUUAGUGAAACCCAUCCUCUGGACUGCAAGGGGGCCGACGACCAGCGAGCGGAGGGUCACAGCUUCUCGCUGCUGAGUGGGAAGCCCUGUGACGAAUGCGGGAGGAGCACCGAUUCGCGGACCACGUCGCAGAGUUUGUACAGUGUUCAUGCAGGCCCCUCAUGCCGGACCGAGACGGGCAAUUACGAGGGCCUGCCCUGCUGUUUCUACGAGGAGAAGCGGGCGCGCCGUGGCAGCUGUUUGGCCGAGGACUACUCUGUGAGCGUGCAGUACACCCUGGCCAGUGAGUCGCUGCACGAUUGCUACCCAGCCUCCUCCUCCUCCUCCUCCUCCUCCUCCUCCUCCACCACCAACCUCCCCGGCCUCUGCGAGCUGAGCCAGCGCAUUCCCAUAAUCCCCGAGGACACGGACGGUGAUUCAGCCACGCCUCAGGAUUGCGAGGCCACGAGGCUCUGCAGGCCGGGGGCCGUGCCUUCGGAGCCAGAGUGUGAGCGAAGAGCCAGCCUGCCCCCUCUCACAGGGCUUCCUGACCAAGAGGCCGCCUUCCAGAACAUUUGCGCCGGGCUGCCUGAGUCCACCAUGAGAGGUCAGUCUUCAGGAUCUAGACCAUGCCUAAUUUUGCAAAAGGACUCUUCCAGUGAGCAGGACAUCUGAUGUUUUAAAAUAAAUAUGUGUAUAUAAGUACGGAGAUACGGGAAGCGAUCAAUAAGACUCCAAACUCAGUCCCUGUGCGACUGUUUUAGCUUUGACAAAACACAUGGAAGUGGUAAUGUGGAUGAACACACAAAAUCUGAAACAUCUUCCCACAACUGAGCUCAAGCUUCUUGUCCUUGUGAUUCUGAGACAAAAGUUCUGCUGUUAUUUAAAACCCUGCUGCCCUUGUCACAAGGCAACGAUACUACUGUUGUCAAGGAACGUCAGGGAAAAGAAAAACCUUUGAUCCGCAAUCUGAGGGAUUUUUUUUGAGCCUUCUGCAUGCUCAGGGUUAUGGUUGCCUUAGUAAGUCAGCAAUACGAAACGUGACAAUAGAAAACAGAGACAGUGGGGAAAUUGGAGGGAGUGGGAAAUUAAAG